GUCUCUCAGCUCCUUCACUCCAUCCCCCUCUUCCGCAAUCAGGUCUUCGCUGUCCAGUACACGAAUACGCAAUCAUGUCUCUCCUCGGAAAGAAGUUCCCGACCCCUGUCGCAAAGCCUAUGGCUCCUUUCUUCGCCGCCGGUGUCGUCAUCCUCUACGGCGUCAACUCGUUCGCCAACGUCCUCAUGUCGACCGACGAGUUCAAGAACGACCCCCGCAACCCCAACGCCAAGAACCCCAAGCACUAGAUUGUGCCUUAGGAGUUUUUUGAAGACGGUGUGUCGAAAGAGUGAGGAUUGUGGUGGGCGACUCGACGCCCAGAUUGCUGUUUCGCCUUUGUUUCGACGUCGCGGGCGGUUCAUCUGUACAGGCAUAGAUUUUACCGUCAUAGAUCCAAUGACGAAUUGACAAGUUGUACCACUAUUCUUAUCGUCGUGUCCUUUUCCUGGCUGCAUUUCGGACUGGUUGCAUCCUGAACUGGUUGAGAUCCAGUGGCGGAUCCGGCACGAUGCCAGGCUUUCCAGGUUGGCGGUGUAUGGCGGUUAGCCUACACUGCAUCUAAGCCUGUCAGCUAAUUAUCUGCCGACCACUGGACUGGGUCUGUCUCUACAGCAAAGAUGCAGGCAGGACGGGACUCCGUUUAUGUUUCUCGCUGUUCGUAGGAUCGGUCUUUCCUGAUGCCUUCUCGCCGAGGUAUGCGUUGUGGCCAGACGACAAAUUGUAAACUUGUACUAGAGCACGAAAGCCUUUCUUCCAACAUUAGUUGAUAUACACCUUCAAUUUCAGUGUUCAAGGAAUGCGUGUCGACUAGUGUUU